AUGAGGAUAUCGACCUUGCCGAGUCCGGGUGCGGCGUCGUCGGCGCUGCUAGGCCUACUGGCUUCGGCCGAGCUGAUCUAUGCUCUACCCCAGCCCAAGGUCCCGGCCCGGAUGCAGUGGGCGCAUAACCGCGGGAAGAAAAUUGCAAGGAACGCUCUGAGACAGUCCCUCGAGGGGCGGUCUUAUAGCAAUGUGAGCGUGGCUUGCAGCACUUCACAGGCAGCUUCCAUUACCGCCCCGAGCGAUAAUGUCUGGGCCGGCCUGACUGACAUUGAGGCUGUCUCGGUCGUCUCGUGGCUGUUUGGACAAUCAAGUCUGAAUCUGACGGCGACUGAGAACGCUACUGAGUGGGAUAACACAAUCUUGUUGGUUGAACUGCAGAUUCCCAACAAGACAGAUGUCGUGGCACACAUCGAUGGGGGAGGCCCGUCCCCUACACGAUAUGCUCACGUCGUGCUUGACCAUCGCUCAACCGAGGAACCUUACUAUCAAGAUCUGUUGGUCGGGCCUCUGCCCCUGAACGAUGCUACUGCCGGCUACCAACCUCUCGAGUAUCCGUACACCCGAAAGACUGCGGGUAAGGUACGCAAUCUUGAUGCCGAUGCCGACACUCUGAGCACGGAAUGGCUGUACAAGGUUGGUGCCUCAGUUGCCGAUAUUACCUUGGAUCUUUGGAAUGGUACCGGAAUGGGCCUUGACAAUGAUACACUGGACAUCUGGGGUAUAGAUCCCCUGUGGCAAGACGAUGGCCGCAUCAUUCGCUGGGAUAUGUUUUGGCAGCUCCCCUCAAACUUCUUCGACGCCGAGACCUUGAUGCCGCUUGGUCUUUACUUCAAGAGUGACGUGACAGGCCGCGAUCCCAGCCAGUGGAAGCUUGAGGGGUGGCUGUACGACAAUGUCUUCUACGAGACUACUGAAGCAUUCCGAACUGCCUACUGGAGCGGCGCUGUGCCCAAGCUGGCAGCGAAUACCGAGGGGUCCUGGACUGAGACAGACCCCCAGGACGCGAACAUGCCUUACGACUCCAACUACCCUCCCAAGACUAUCGCCCCCUCUGGAUCCCGGUUCGGCGUCGACUACGAGCGCAAGUAUGUCGAGUGGAUGGAAUUCAGCUUCUACAUCGGCUUCUCUCGCGAUGUAGGAGUGACACUCUACGAUAUCAAGUACCAGGGCCAGCGGAUCCUGUAUGAGCUGGGUCUUCAGGAGGCCCUGGCGCACUACGCUGGUGGCGACCCGGUUCAGUCAGGAACAUCGUACCUGGACACGUUUUACGGUUUUGGUCCGUACGCUUUCGAGUUGAUUCCUGGCUACGACUGCCCUGAAUAUGCUACAUACUUCAACUCGACUUUCUAUGUCGACGAGACCACGCACACCCAUCUGAACAGUAUAUGUCUAUUCGAGUUCAGCGCCGACUAUCCUAUUCAGCGCCACAGCACCAGUGAUUAUGUCUCGGGUACCAAGAACACGUUCUUCAGUGUUCGCUCGGUCUCGACUGUUGGGAAUUACGACUACAUGUUCACAUACAGCUUCUACUUAGACGGUUCAAUCACCGCCGAAGUCAGAGCUUCGGGCUACAUCCAGUCCGCCUACUACACCACCGGCUCCGACUUCGGCUUCAAGAUCCAGGAGGCCUUGAGCGGUUCGAUGCACGACCAUGUGCUCAACUUUAAGGCCGAUUUCGACAUCCUGGGCACAGCAAACUCGAUCCAGCGGGUGAAGAACGUGCCUGUGAGUCGGGUCUUCCCCUGGUCCAACGGCAAGGCCAGAAACACCAUGCAACUGGAGCGCAGCUUCGUCGCGAGCGAGGAUGAGAGCCGCUUCAACUGGGCGCCCAACAUAGCCGAGCAGGUCCUCGUGGUCAACAAGGACGAGACCAACAAAUGGGGCGAGUACCGCGCCUACCGCGUGCUGCCCAUGUCGGGCGCUAUGCACCUGACGGUCAAGAACUCCAGCAACCUCGUCAACGCGGCGCACUGGGCCGAAUACGACAUCCAGGUGACGCGGCAGCACGACCACGAGCCCCGCGCGGCGCACUCAUACAACUCGCAGGACGUCCACGACCCGCCCAUCAACUUCGACACCUUUUUCGACGGCGAGAGCCUCAACCAGGAGGACCUGGUGAUGUGGCUCAACCUUGGCAUGCACCACGUGCCGCACACGGGCGAUCUGCCGAACACUGUCUUCACGACGGCGCACGCAGGGGUCCAAUUCAUGCCUUCCAACUACUUCGACAUCGACCAGAGCCGCCGCACGGUCAACGCCGUGCGCAUCAACUACGCCGACGGGGCGGCCACGGCGGUCGAUACGUUUGGCCAGAAGGACGCCACGUGCGCGGUCGACUUCACGCCCGUCGAGUACGACCUCUGGGGCUACAAGGGCGAUGUUGUCGUGCGGAAGUUCCCGUAUGAUCCCAAUAACCCUUACUACGAGACGGAUUCUAUUGUUUAG